AACAAUAAAAGUGCGAGCAGACUAUCAUAUCUUUACUGGUUUUGCUAGUCAUGCUUUGAUUAAUUAAAAAAUACUUUAUGAUACUUUCGAUAUUGUACCAGACUAUUUUUGAUAAGUGGCACAAACUCCCACUUAUCCAUAAUUUUUAUAUCGUUAUCUGCCUUGCUUCACACUGAUAUCUACGCGGAGUCAUUGUAUGAUACGAAUACUGUGUGUAAAUGAAAGCUUGAAUCUUGAAGAUAUGACAUCAAACAGAACCACAUAUAUCAAAAAAUUUACGUAUUAAACGCAGUAUAUCUCACAGAGUAUGUAAGUCAGAGUUGUAAGUCAGUGUUAUUUCCAAUAUCAAUAGAAAGAAAAGCACAUUCUAUUCUAUAUUGUGAGUGGACAUUACAUCGACAUUUUCAGAUCGUGAGUGUGCAAUCGACAAUUACCGAGCAAUGGAUCUUGUAACGAUACUGUGCGGCAUUUCCGUCGUAAUUCUUGCGAUUUAUUAUUACUUUACAUCAACUUUUGGCUUUUGGAAAUCACGCGGAGUUCGCGGACCACGACCAAUACCGAUCUUUGGUACAAUGAAGGAUGUUCUUCUUGUGAAAAAGAGUAUAACCGAAUAUAUGUCAGAAUUAUAUAGCACGUACAAAGACGAACCGUUAAUUGGAAUAUUCUCUCAAAGAACGCCUCUACUUGUCGUAAAUGAUCCAGAUUUAAUUAAAGAUGUUCUCAUCAAGGAUUUCACUACGUUUGCCGACAGAGGAAUGAACUACGACGAAAAGGCAAAUCCGUUGUUGUUACAUCUUUUCAACUUGGAGUCAAAAAGAUGGCGACCGUUACGAACGAAAUUGACACCUGUUUUCACAUCCGGCAAACUGAAAGAGAUGUUUCACCUGAUAUCAGAAUGCGCCGACCAUCUCGAAAAAUAUACAGAUAUAUUGACGAGUCAAAACAAAUAUGUGGAAUGCCGCGAACUCACGGCUAAGUACACAACCGAUGUUAUCGGUAGCUGCGCUUUUGGCAUCGAAAUGAAUUCAUUGGCAAACGAAGAUGCCGAAUUUCGUAAAAUGGGAAGAUCGAUAUUUGCUCCGACUUGGAUGAAUUUAAUACGCUUCAGACUCAGAGAUAUUGUACCGAAGGUUUAUUCCUUUCUUACUCUCAUCGGCAUCUUACCAAGACCAGAACACGUCAGUUUCUUCAUGCGUGUUAUUCGCGAGACUAUGGAUUAUAGAGAAAAGAAUAACAUUGUUAGACACGACUUUGUUGAUAUGCUGCUAGAAUUAAAAAAACAGGGCAAUCUGAGCGAUAUAAGUACGCAUUUACUUGGUCGUUGUAAUAUAUUUUUGCAUACGCGCGUGUGUUCCCGCUUCGGAAUUUAUCAAACCAAAAUUGGACUUGUAAAGUUGCUGCGAAAUUAUAAAUUUGAAACUUGCAAAGAAACACAAAUACCUUAUCGUAUAAAUUCUAAAGCGGUGGUUUUAUCUCCUCUUGGUGGGAUAGUCUUGAAGAUAACCAAAAUUGAGAAGGCUUGAGAAUCGAUUGGUUUUGUAUUGUAAAUUUAAAGUAACUAGAUUUAAUGAAAAGUUUGUUUUAAAAAUAUGCCAUUUGUUUUGAAUAUGUAUGUGAAAACAGAAUAUAUAUAUGUAAGUAAACUUUAUGAUGUAAAUUCAGAGAAGUGCCAAACAAGAAAAAUAUUUGUAGAAAAGCGAUUUAUCUGUGUUCUGACAGGUCUGUCAACCCGCUCUUGUCGGUGCAAUAUGCAGAUGUGUGUACGAGUAAAAAUAAGAAAUUGUUUUCGUGUCACGCUUAUGACAUUCACUUGUUCACUGAAAAUCUCUUGUCAUUUCAGUACAAAAAUGUUAUUAUUUAUUUGUUGCUGAGAUGACGCGUGGAAUACACACACAGAUUUUUGUCUACAUAUUUGUUCUAUAAUGUCGCAAUAUUAUGUACACAUACGUGGAAGAGAGAUUUCGUAAUAUAAUAUUAAAGUCUAACCAACAUUCUUACAUACACAUUACACACACAUACACACAAGCAUACAUUUAGCAUUAGGUAAUUUUUACGAUUAAUUUGUUGUUCUUUACGUGAAGAAUUAUGAUUAUAGAAGUGUGUGCCAUCUUACAAAAUCCAAAAAAUCGACUUUAUGUUGGAGUGUAACUAAUGUGACAACCUAGUGAGCUUUUUAUAUAUUUUAUCAGAAUAUUCAUUAAGAAUAAGAAUAUUCAUGUUUUAUUAUAUAUAUAUAUCUUUCUUCGGAAUGACUAAAAGAAAUAUAUUAAGAAAUAGCGAAAUUAUGGUGAUUCAAGGUAUGAUACUGAAGUCCAGAACACGGUAUGAGUUUCAUGACAUACAAAUAUCUUGUCCAAAAGCUGAGUUGUGUUUCGCGAGAACGAACAAAGAAGCAGAAUUUUACUCUCGAGCAAGUCUCAUGUGUUUUUGUUUAAUUUCAGGAACAAAUGUAAAAGAUAAAAAGCUAAUGCAAAUAAAUCUGAAGUACGGUGUAUUCUACAUUGAUAUGAUAUUUGUUAACACAGAUGCAUUCUUAAUAAUUAGAUCUUAGCAUUGUUAUUGUUAGAAAUUAAUUUGCACAUACUCGGACGAAUCGUGCACACGUAGAAGGUUUUUAGCUAUAGAAAAUUCGAUGUAUAACGCCGAAACGGAUGAAAAAUUGCACAUAUUAUAAUUUACAUUUGUACAUCUUCAGGAUUACGAUCUUGAUUAGCGAGAAAAUAAAAACCAGAUAAUCAUA